AUGCCCAAACCCAUCAUCCUUCACCUCGGCGACCCCAUCGCCUACAAUCACUCCCUCUACGACGGCGCUUUCUCGUCUCGCUUCACCAUCAUUCGCAAUGAAGACCUCACUCGAGAGUCCUUUAUCGAAGCUUUGAAAACCAACAAAUACGGUCCCAUAACCGCCCUCUUCCGCCCGCACUUCGCCUCAGGCAACGAAAUGAUCCCCUGGGACGCCUCCCUCAUCUCCCUCCUCCCGCCCAGCGUGAAAAUCUUCGCCUCCGCCGGCGCAGGCUACGACACCGUCUCGAUCCCGGCCCUCACCGCGAGGGGCAUAUACUACACCAACGGGGCCGGCGCAUCCGACGAAGCCGUCGCCGACACAACCCUGUACAUGAUCCUGUCUGUAUUCCGCAACUUCACGGCGUCGCAACUCGCCGCGCGGUCCGGGGAUAAGGGGCGGUUUUUGGACUGUCAUCGGGAUUUGGCUGGAAUUUCGCAGAAUCCGACGGGGAAGGUAUUGGGGUUGGUUGGGAUGGGGAGGAUAGGGGGGUUAGUUGCGAGGAAGGCGAGGUUGGGGUUGGGGAUGGAGAUGGGGGUGAGGUGGGUGGGGGGGUUGAGGGAGGUUCUUGGGAGGGCGGAUGUGGUGUCGUUGCAUUGUGAUUUGAAUGCCGGGACGAGGGGGUUGAUUGAUACGGAGAGGAUUGGGUGGAUGAAGGAUGGGGUGAGGGUUGUGAAUGUAGCGAGGGGGGGUGUGCUUGUGGAGGGGGAUUUGGCGGAGGCGUUGCGGAGUGGGAAGGUUAGUGCUGCCGCGUUGGAUGUGCAUGAGUUUGAGCCAAGGGUUGAUGAGCGGUUGGUGGCGAUGGAGAAUGUCACGUUGACGACGCAUGUUGGGGGUGGGGUCGUGGAGACGAGGGUUGGGUUUGAGAGGUUGGCGAUGGAGAAUAUUCUGGCGGUUGUGGGGGAGGAUGGGGAGGUGGUGGGGGAGCCGUUGACGGCGGUUAAUGGGAGGGAGGUGAGGGAGGUGUUGGAGGGGGGACAAAGGAGUGAGUAA